ACCUACACCUAUGUGAUUCAUUUCAGAUAAUCGUGGAUUUUUUGAGAAGAAUAUAGGGUUUGUAGAUAGAAAAAAGAAGAUGAGGAGUUUCAAUUUCGAAGACCACAGAUGACGGCAGCUGCUGCUGCUGAUUUCUUGGCUCCUCUGCAAUAUUAGUACUGCUUAAAACAGUUGGGGGGAUUUCUUCAACUGAUUCAAUUCAAUUCCCCAUCCGUUUUAGCCUCUCUUGGUUCCAGGUUCUCUUUAUCUAUUUCUGUUGCCUCUUUUGUAAAAGGUUAGAGCUUUAUCUGAAAUUUCUUGAAAAAAAUCCCUUUCUUUCAAAUUAUGUAAUGCUACGUAAAAAGAGAAAAUAAAUGAUGUUGGGUUAUAGACAGAAGGCUGUUAAAACCAUCCCAGAUGAUGUUUAUGCUACUGACGUUGAUAGGAUCAGUAAUCUUCCAGAGCAUCUUCUCUGCCACAUUUUAUCGUUCAUCCCUACCAAAGAAGCUGCAGUUACCUCUGUUCUAUCCAGGAGAUGGAGAUACCUUUUCACUUUGAUCCCAGAUAUUGAUCUCCGAUUCAAUUUUUAUGACUCCUCUGGUGAAAACAUCGAGUACAAGAAAAAUGCUUACUUUCGUCGUUUCUUUAGUUUCAUAAGUUUUGGCUACAGAGUGAUUCUGUGCAGGAAUGUGCGUUCCAUUAGAAAAUUUAGGCUCUCUAUUCAGAGAGUUCACGAUUACUGUUUGCCGGGAAUUCAGGCAUUGCUAUCUACUGCAUUAUUGAGUAAAGUCCAAGAACUUGAAAUUCAUUUAGAAUAUAAGUACGAUCCUACCAACAGCUUAUCCCCUGCGGGAGCAGGAGUGUUCAUGUGCAGAACACUAACUUCUGUUAAACUAGGCUGGCCAGAUGUGGAUUUGAUUGUCCCUGAUUCUGUUUGUUUACCAAAUCUUAAGUUACUGCACUUUGAUAGAUUGAGAUUGGUGGAUAAGGAUACCAUAAAGAGGCUUGUGCAGGGUUGCCCUUUACUUGAAGAACUGAAGUUAGGCUUCACUCGCUUUACAUAUGGCUUCAGACAUAUCAUAGUUGAAGUUGUUGAUAUUUCCGGUUCAUUGAGAAAACUGAUACUUGAUUGCUCAAGAGCUGAAUAUACUGUUGUUGUCAAAUCAAAUAGUCUCGAAAAUUUGGAAUAUGAUGGUGGAUGUUUCAGAAAUUCUAUCAUCUGUAUAAAUGCUCCCAAUCUUAAAUCUUUGGCCUUUCAUGCUGAUCCGUAUGGGGCAAACUUUAUUCAGAGCCCAAAAUCUCUUGUUAGUGCCAAAAUAAAAAUUCCUUGGAUUGAUGAUGAAGCAACAUGUCAGCAUGUGUUUAAGCUUUUUAAUACGGUGCAAAGUGUGAAGUCACUGGAACUAACCAAAUAUUCCCUAGAGGCUUUGGCUGAUUUUGGAUUGUCGUUGCCAACUUUCAACAAUUUAAUCAGAUUGAAAAUUGAUGCUAUGCCCAGCUGCUACGCUCUAUCAAAGUUAAAUGAGAGCGUCCCUAGGAUUGAAGAACUUGUUCUUCAUCAGGUGGCCCAAGAUGAUGAUUUUUUUGAUUUUGAGUGUCCGUCGUCUGAGGUCCUCCAAAUGUGCUUCAUAAAACAUCUCAAGGUGAUACAAAUCAACAGAUUCUCUGAAGAUGAAUACGAAUUUGAGCUAGUUGAGUGUCUUUUGCAAAGUGGAGAAGCUUUAAAGAAGAUGAUUAUUGGUGGAUUUGUAAAGCCUUCAGGUCAUGCAAGAAUAUGGUCGUUCAAGAGAUGCUCGCAGGAGUGCCAGAUUGUGUUGUAACUUGUAAGAAGCUAGAGAUGUGAGGUUUAUUGGCCUUGAAGAUGCUGAUAACUCUGGACACGGAAUUUUCUACUCAUCACGGUAGCUGAUUUUGAUAUAUUUAUAGCUUCUUGCAUUUCGGAAUGGUUGAUCUAUCUAUAUUGAAAUACUAGUCAAUGUUUCUUUUUUGUUUUUUUGGGUUAUAAACCACUGAUAUCUACAUCUGUUUUACGAUCUACAACUAAUCCUGUUCGAGUCAGAUCGGACAUCUCUUUUAUAGCU